CAUAUAAGGACGCAUGCUGCAAAGACGCUCGUUAGCACUCACUGCCUUGCCCUGACUUUAGCACCCGUCAUCAUUUUGGAUGUCGCGCUAAGGAAUCUUCACAAUGUGCAACUCUCGAUUCUUCGUCGUCACUGGUGUUCACUACACAGUCGAAGCAAAAUUAUUUAUUGAAAUUCCCACGGAAGCCAUUCAAAAGGACACUGCGAUUAAAACAGCGCGCAGUGAAAUCUGGAGAUGUUUUGUGAAAUCGUCUGAACAAUCUGAGAACUCAUGUGUCGCAGUCAAAUCCAUCACCUUCAACCGUAAGCCGAGUGCAGAUGAAGUAGAAGAAGCGAAAAAGAUCAUUCUUCACCGGGCCUCCAUCUGGAUUGAAUUGUAUCACGACAACAUUCUCCGUCUCGAGGGUAUUAUCAGCGAUGGAGGAUUUGGCCUACUUCCUGCGUUAGUUUCUCCAUGGAUGGAAAAUGGGUCACUCGACAACUACCUGGAUGUACGGCAACCAGACCUUGACAAGAAAUUAUUUGUGCUAAGGGAGAUAGCAGUUGGUCUUCAAUACUUGCACAGCAAGGAUAUCUACAGUGACCUAACCCCUGUGGGUUGAUUUCGCCGCCAUAGUGCUCCGUGCAGGAAUGACGAUUCCAUAUUUAGGCCGACAUCCUGGUCGACGGUGAUGGGAAGCCUUAUCUUCGGGGCUUUAGCGUCUGGAUGGUCAUUGCAGGAUCAGAGGCCACUACAUUUCAAUCUGAAUGCCGGGACAGAUACCGGUGGAUGGCGCCCGAGAAGUUUGGUAUUCAAGACGAAGAGGGGGGGGAGCAGCUAACCAAGACUGCCGAAGUAUACUCAUAUGGUUGUAUUAUGAUUAUGCUAUUUUCU